AUGCCACCCAAAAGUCAUAACAAACGUAGAAAGCCUGCCCGCGGUGGAGGACAUCGAUUCACAAACCCGAGGCACCUCUCAAAUAAAGAAGACGUAGAGGGUGGGGAUCUAUGGGAGUAUCAAGAGAGAAACGAGGAUAUAAAGAGUUCCGAAAGCGGAAGCGAAAAUGAAAGCGAAAGAGUUGAGCAAAAUAUUAAAGUGUUGAACGCAUCUAAUUCUAUGUCCUCCGGAUCCGAAAUAAAAAGCAAGGAGGAAGAGAAAGAUGCGGUGGAAAUUGAGAUAGAAAAUCCAAAUCGAGGUAAAAAAGAUAACUUAAAAGUGUCAGAAAUUUCAAAUACUCCACGAGAAAUGAGCCGAAGAGAAAGGGAAGCCGCCGAGAAGGAGGCUGCCAAGCAACGAUACUGGAAGCUCCAUCGAGAGGGUAAAACGGAUCAAGCCAAGGCAGAUUUAGCACGACUAGCGGUCAUAAAGAAAGAACGAGAACAAGCAGCCAUACAGAGAAAAGCCGAGGCCGAAGCCAAAGCUGAGGCACAAAAAGCAAAAUUAGAAAGGGAUGGCCGAAAAUCUAGGAAAUAA